CCUGACACCGAUCAGCAAGAAAGCGAAGCGAAUCAAAUCAACGACAAAUAAUCCUUGGUGUUCGGCCAAGGAUGUCGGCUCGCCGUUAUCGAUCUACUGUGGCAUGUCGUUCCUGCCGCCAACGCAAGGUCCGGUGUAGCCUCAACCUCACCGGCGUGCCAUGCAUCCGCUGUGCUCAGGACCAUGCAGAUUGCGUGGUGGAUACCCGAAAUGAGACCAAUCGGCGCCAUGUACCGACGCGACAGCGCCCUAGAUCGUCGAAUAGUCCAUCCGACCGUGCCGGGGUAUAUCCUGGAGAGAACAAUACAAUUCGUUCAUCCCCUCGUAUUGAAGCAAGUCAAAGGCCAGCGCUCCAUCGCGUACCAGCCGAGUCACCAGUGGUGACUGGAUCAAGGAACUCGGAAUCUGGAGAGCGAUUUACCAUCCAGGAUGAGGAGCGCAAUGGACUUGAAAUCGCAGAAGCAGCUUUGGGGAAACCCGAACAAGCUGGACAGGUCCCCUUUUACACCGGGGAUAAGACUGGGAUCACGUCGACCUUGACACUCUGCACUCCCGGGGAGUCUUUACCCCGACAUCUCCUCAUUCCAUCGCAUGCCCCGACUUCCUUGUCGGAAGAAGACCGAGCAUAUCUCACAAGUAAAGGCGUUUUUAGCUUGCCGGGGGAAGAGGCCUGCAACAGCCUCCUUCAAGCUUACUUUCGUCAUGUGCACCCAAUAAUGCCUGUCAUUGAGGCUGACCACAUUCUACACUUCUUCCACAUCGGCCGCCUCUGCGAGUAUAACCUCUUACUGGUCUGGAGUGUUUUCUUCGUUGCAGUCAAUUUCGUCCCAUACAAUAUUUGUGAACUAGAAGGUUACGAAUCUCGGAAGGCGAUGAAAGCAGCUAUGUACUCCCGUGCGAAGUGCAUGUACGAUAACGGCGGCGAACGCAAUAAGAUUGUUCUUCUCCAGGCCUCACUCCUGCUAGGCUUUUGGCACUCGGAGAUGGACGAGCAUGGCCAGCCCUGGUACUGGACUGGCCUUUCUGUUACUCUUUGUCAAAUUCUCGGUCUGCAUCGUGACCCCGACGUGGCCAGAUACAAUACGUCCAUAGGCGAUCGUCAGCGACACCUCUGGCGUCGUCUCUGGUGGACUUGUUUUUUCCGUGACCGCUGGCUGAGCCUCACACUUGGACGGCCUCUGCGCAUUGACCUUGAUGACUGCGAUGUGCCAAUGCCAUCAGUGGCAGACAUGCUCAGUGACUUAAUUGAUGUUCCGGAAUCCAUGUUUGCUACGUUUCUUCCUCAAGAUCUUUCCCUUCUAGCCGAAUAUUGGGUUCUUUUGAUUAAUUUGAGCAGGCUUUUAGGGGCUGUUCUUACUAUGAACUACAAACCCAUUCGUCCCAAACCCUCCCAAAGUCAGGUAGAGGCUCUUGAGGCAGACAUCCUUCGCUGUAGUCCACCUGACAGGCACGACACUGAGCUAAGUCGUCCGGCGCGGUUCUAUCUCUACCAUCUGCAGUUGCAUUAUCAGGCGAUUCUCAUCGUCCUCUACCGUCCAUAUGCAACCGAAACACCAGACGACCUUCUUCCGGCCCAUCAAGAGCAAUGGCAGCAAACGAUUCGUCGUAAAGCCGAUUCUGCAGCCUCCCGUACAAAUGACAUACUAGAUGUUCUUGCUGAAGAAAAUCUACUCGAGUAUGCCCUACCAAUGACACCUCCGCUUCUUAUCCCUGCCAUGCAGAUGCACCUUCUCAACUGCCGAUCCGGCAGCCCACUGGCGCGACGCCUCCGACUCAGCAAGCUCAAUGUAUGCAUGAUGGUCAUGGAGGAAUUCCAAAAAGUCUACACUGUAGCUUCAAUAUACCGGGUGAUCUUUGCAAAAGGCAUUCAGCAGAUAUGUCCCGAAGAAGCUGCUGAGACCAUCAAUGCUGCAGUUUCCGUAGCUGUUCCCGCGACAGCACCCGCCCCAGCUCUGUCAAACCUUGUGGCGCCCCCGAUCUCUCAUGAGCUGGAAUUAGGGGCAGAAAUGGACGGUAUGGUCGAUGCUCUGUUGGAUGGUUCGACAGCGUUGAAUUUUUGGGAAACCUGGGGUCAGUUGUGGGAGUAGCGACGAACAAUAUAUACAUAAACGCGAGGCUUUUUAGUCUGGAUGUCUGGAUAGCAAAUAGC